AUGGAUAGAAAGUUUAAUAAUAAUCACAAAGAAAUCACAUCCUCUGAAGAGGACGAUUCUCCACAGGAAGAUGAAAUUGCAUGGAUUCCUUGGUAUUGCAACUUAAAAGGACACGAGUUCUUUGCAACCAUUGAAGAAGAUUAUAUACAAGACGACUUCAACCUUACAGGACUUAGCUCUGUAGUUCCUCACUAUGAAAGUGCUUUGGGUAUCAUUUUGGAUGAUGAUCCUGAUGAACCACUAAGUGAAGAUCAACAAGAAAGUUUGGAGAGAUCCGCCGAUAUUCUCUAUGGACUCAUUCACGCAAGAUAUAUAUUGACAAUGAAGGGGCUACAACACAUGCACGAAAAAUUUAAGAGAGCAGAGUUUGGAAGAUGUCCAAGAGUAUUCUGUCAAAAUCAACCGGUUCUACCCGUUGGACUAUCAGACAUGACAGGUGUAGAUACUGUUAAAGUUUAUUGUCCAAGAUAUAUUGAUGGUGCCUACUUUGGAACUACCUUCCCACACCUUUUAUUAAUAACCUAUCCAGAGUUGGCUCCUCCAAAACCACAUCAAACAUAUAUUCCAAAGAUAUACGGUUUCAAGAUUCAUAAAACAGCAAGAGAAAGAACACUUCAACACCAACAACAACAAAAAUCAAGAAUAAACAAAUAG